CGUUUAGUUCUCAGCCUUUUGUGACUCACAUGAGGGGGUGUACACAUACCGUACUGACCUAACAUACUCCUUUGGUGGGUCAUAUAACCUAACGAGCAAGACAGGAAACGGUAGAGUAGACCUCCAGAGAGAGCAAAGAUUAGAAGAGAAACACGGCCAUAGAAGCUGAGGGACUGGACAGAAACUUGUGGAGGCAGAAGAGACAAACUAAAGUCACUGUGAAGACGGAGAAAGGCCACAUUUUGGAGAUCAAAGAUGAAUAACUGCGGCAGGACAUAAGUCAAGACGUUUUGUGGCCAAACGUGGAGUGCUACAUGUCCCAAACAAUGUUCGAGGACUGGAUAAUUGGGGUAUUUGGAGUAGUGGUGAUGGCCUUUUUCAUUGGUUGCACCAGUUGCUGGCAAUUCUUUACAGAUAAAUCGGCAGAUCCCGGCAGGCGCCGCCAGCCCCCGCCUCCCCCGAGCCCGGAUCAAGAUUGUCGUUACCAACAUGAUCUCUACCCCCCAAACCCUCCUCCAGACGUGGCAGCGCAGCACCCUAAGAAACCAAGAGAAAACAACGCAGAUUCUGAAGAGGAUUUUGAAGAAAUUCAGGAUCUGAAGGCAGCGCAGGAGUCAGACGGAAUAGAACAUAAUUCCGUCACAUCUGAGAAAGACACCGGAGAGAGCACCGCCUGCCAGGACAACUAUGUAAAUCUGGAUGAGGAGCAGGAUUACGAGAAUGUUCCGAGCGCGGCUCUGAGCGGUCCGGCGCUGAGAGAAGACCACGUUUACCUGAAAAUUCUUGAAAAUAUUCCGGAAACUGAUAUGACAACUGUAGUCCAGGAGAAAGAGGAAAACAAGACCCCCCGAUCCGCCAUCAACAGCAUCGGCAAAUACUCCUCACAGUCCGACAGUCUGUGCCACUCCUACGAGAACGUGGCCGUGGAGGGGUCCCCUACUGGGUCCAGUCUUGAUUAUGUGAAUGUGACGACUUCCCCCGUGUGAUCGCCUGCUCUGGAGGAUGAGACUUCUGCUCCCGAGUCACCAUGACAUUGUGACUGGACAUUAACAUACAACAUUGUGAAAUCCUGACAACCCUGAAUGAAAGGUUGUCACAGCCCCGCCCCCUCUCACAUAGUGGGAGGGGCUAUAACCAGAGACAUGCUUUUCCCCCAUGGGGGGCACUUAGAGGGGUUUUCUGAUCUAGGUCGGCAUAUAAUUAUCAUUGUACAGCGAAACGUUUGGAAACUUUGUAACAGACUUUGUGUUUAAACUGAAGACCUCUGCUUGCUGUCAGUGAAUGGGAACAUUCUUGUUUACGUAUGGUGGCUGAGAACUGGAACAGUCAUUUCUGACAGCCUGGACUGAUACAUUGUAACAAAGUGGCAGGAUAGAGAUUGGUGUUUAGCUCAGUAUAGACUGACGCACUGAAACAAACCCUCAGCUGUGCAAAGCUUUAGGUUUUUCACGUAUCGAUGCGCUCAUUCACUGGCGGCGUGCAGAGGACUCUUGAAAAUGGGGAAGAACUGAAGACAAAGUCUGUUAGUAAGCGGCCGAACUUUAUCCAUUGCUUUAUUUUCACCACACUGGACGCUGGCCCUUUAAGACGGCAAAUAAUUCAUUAUAAACUGCAAGACUAA